CCUUCCAUGGCUUCUCUCUGCUUUCUUCACCGUCUUCUCUUUUCCUUUCGCCAAAUCUUCUCACUAAAACCGUUGUACGCCAUCAUCCACCGUUUUCCCGUCACCUUCGCCGAUGCCAUUUUAUCGGCUUACUUCCGUUACUGCUGCCUGUCCCCAUCCACCGUUUAUCUUGACGACAACCAGACCACACUAUAUUUUUGGGCCACCAAACAUGGCAGCAGCAAGAAGCCGAACCUCGUGCUCAUCCAUGGGUUCGGUGGAAACUCUAAAUGGCAGUUCAUAUUGCAGGUAGCUCAACUCACACGUGAUUUCAACGUUUACAUACCAGAUCUAGUUUUCUUUGGCGAUUCGUACUCUAGCAAUGCGGAUCGUAGUGACAAGUUUCAGGCCAAGUGUGUGUGCGAUGGAUUGAAGAAGAUAGGAGUGGAGAAGUUUUCGGUGUAUGCCAUCAGUUAUGGGGGAUUUGUUGCGUACCGCAUGGCGGAGCUGCAUGAGGAAAUGGUGGAGAAAUUGGUGAUCGUGAGCAGUGGAAUCGUGUGUAGACAGGAUCGGAAAUUGGAGCAUGUGAAGAAGAUAGGGCGGGACGUGGUGGAUAUGCUGGUGGCGAAGACGCCGGAGGAUUUACGAGCGUUGUGCCGAAUAUCUAUUCACAAAUACGAUAUCGGCAGGUGGAUUCCAGAUUUCUUCCUAUGGGGAUUCAUCGCUAUUGAAUGUUGCAAAAAGGAGAAGAAAGAACUAGUUCUGAAAUUGUUGGACGAGAAAUCUGAUGUUGAUCUUCCUGUUCUUACCCAGGAAACCCUUCUAAUAUGGGGUGAAAAGGAUAUCGUCUUUCCGCUUGAUUGGGCGUAUGAGCUUCAUAGGCAUUUGGGUAUGAAAGCAAAGUUGGAGAUAAUUAGGGACGUCGGACAUGCUGCAAAUUUUGAAGCUCCAUACUCAUUGAAUCGAUUCAUCACAUCCUUCGUAUUAGGUUCAGGUUAACUCUUAGAUUAAUAUAAUCCAAUUUAGCAUUUAUUCUUAAUCAGUGAUAUAAAAUUUGGUUCGUAGACGUUUUCAAACACACUUCAUUUUGGAUUCUUGACAUCCGAGAUAUAUAUAUGCAUAGAACACAAUUUAAACGAUCGUUUUAAGCUAGUUCAUGGAUGACCCGAAACAAAUCAAUGAUUUAAAAUCUCAUGAUGCAUACUCUCUUAUACAAUUUUAUUUACGUGAUAAUGUGAUGAA